AUGAUAGAAAUUGAAGGUUAUGGAACAUCAAUUGUAGUGACAGGUUGUAAUCAAAUGGUAGUUGAUGAAGCUGAAAGAAACUUACAAGAUGCUAUUAGUGUAGUUGCAUGUCUUAAAAAGGACCUUUACAUUGUACCUGGUGGUUGUUCAAUUGAAACAGGAAUGUCUAAAGUACUCGAGUCUUAUGUAGGUGAUCAUUCUAUGAUAGUUAGAAGACUUUCUAAAGCUUUAAUUGCUUUAACACAUUUCUUAUCAUCUAAUAUGGGACUUAAUUCGAUUGAAAUAGUUACUAAUCUUAAGAAAUCAAUGGAAGAUUAUCCUAAUCUUGGAAUUUCUAUUAGUAGUAGAGUUAUAUCUGAUAUGAUUGUUGAUGAUAUAAUAACUCAACCAGCUGAGGUAUUUAAAAGUAUGAUUGUAUUAGCAUUUGAAACUGCUGAAAUGUUGUUAAAGAUAGAUGAUAUGCUUCCGUCAAUUUAUUAA